GUCAUGACCGUCGAAGAGGACAUGGCGCUCUGCUGUCCCCAAUAUUGGGACAGCCGAUACGUCAAAUCGGGCGGAGUUGAUUCUACUUACUUACUAGUAGCCUCGCUCUUUUCGCUGAUCUUGAGCCCUUUUUUUUUUCCCCAGAGGCAUCUCUUCAAGACUCAGGACGUAAAAGCAAAAGAGGUCUCACUCAUCCUGCAUCUGGGAUCAGGAAACAGUGACAUUUCGCACUACCCCGGCACAUGAAUACUCCUUAUAAUCCCAGUUUUUUUUCUUCAUAAUUAACCGUGCUAGGUAUUCAUAUAUCUAGUUCAUCCCUGUUGACCCUGCGUCCCGUGGUUACAACAGCAGCUCUGUGUCGAUUUCUCUUCUCCGGUUGUCAGCCCUAUGACCGAUCGUCAUGCUGAGCUCGGUGGGAGUGGGUGGAAGCUUACUGAUGUGCACAGCAUGGUUGAUCUUGCAGACAAGUCCAUCAAUUUUGGCCUUAACAAAGGGACCAUUGAUGCGAUAAUUUACGGUACCCCUUGGAGUCCCCCGUAUGAGGUCGAGGACAGCACCAGUCGAUACAUGAAAGACGUCUUACACCAACCAAAUACCCUAGCGCAUGUCUCCCCCACUAGUCAUCAAGGUCUCUCGAGUACUGAAAGACAACGGAACCUUCAUCUACAUUAUAUUCAGGCGGUCUCGUCCAUCCAGCCUCUCUUGAACCCGGAUUGGCAUUUAGGACCUUAAAAUGCAGAUUCUUAGGCGAGAAGACUCCUUUGAGUGCUAGGGACAUGCAAUCAAGAGGAAGUCCUGAUUCUUAUUUUAGUACGGGGACGGUCCCAGUAACAUCACACAACAAGGACGC